AUGCCUGGGAGCGGAGACAGAGAACGUUCACUCAGAGAAUUGCAGUUGAGGGAAGUGAGACCUGGCACAGAGCCAGACAAGACACAAUUCAGGGAAAUGUCUCGGUUAAGUGGAACGGAAGUGGGGCAGGAUAAAACGGUGGCACUUUCAUUGUUGAGAUGCACUGCUGUAUUAGGAACGGCAGUUACGGUGGGACUCGUGGCGCAUGUUGUGGAUGAUAUACUAGUGAUUGAUUUCGAUUUGGAUUUUCGUCUACUUUUUUCCGGCUGUUUGGGUGUGGUUGUGACCGACGGUGAGUGCGACCUUGCUGCAAACCACACGCUCGUGCCAAAAGCCUCCAUGGUUUCCCCAGUCUACAAUGUGGCCUCUGUUCUGGCCUGCCGGUGGGAUCACAAAGCCUGUCUAUUUGCCUUACCUGCCGCGCGGAGGAUGAUAAUGUUCUUGUCCGAACCCGCCAAACAAAUGACUGAGUCGGGCCUCGCAAGUGCUCUAUCUGGACUGUUCAACAGUAACUGGGCCAUGCAUUCAGACUAUAAUCGCGGCUCUGAGAUAGUCUUCUUAGACAAAUGCAAUUGUUAA